AUGUGCUGAACUAAAACAACUGGUGACGACCCUAACGUCAUCUUGUAACGUUUGUGGUAAACAGACAUGCUAGCUUUGCUUGGGUCAGAUCAUACACACGAGUUUGACUAGUGUUUUACUAUUAGAGCCUUCGGGGCAGCGGUUAUGGUCGUACUUUUACGAAACAAAAAAUACCAAAAUGGAAUAUGAUUAACAUGUUUAUGGAAAACGUCGCACAUAUUGUGCUAUUUUAGUAGACAGUAUGAGUGGUCAAAAGCCUGCUCGACCUGACAGUGAUGGCAUUACUCCUCUGCAGCAGAUGUUGGCUUCCUGCUCCGGGGCAUUCCUCACCUCUCUGCUUGUCACACCUUUUGAUGUCGUAAAGAUCCGACUUCAAGCACAGAAAAAUACCUUCUUCAAAGGUAAAAAUUAAUACCGGUACUAAUUUGAAUUGUGUUUACACACUUUAAUGUGGUCUUAUAAUAUAAUACUUGUACUUUACAUGUACUUUUUUCCCCAAUAUCUUUUAGGCAGAUAUUUUCUCUACUCUAAUGGACUUAUGGACUAUGUAUGUGUGUGUGAAAAUGGCUGGUCUAGAGCCCAUGGUCACUUCAGUGGCACCUUUGAUGCCUUCUACAAAAUAGUGCGCUGUGAGGGAGUCAGGGCCUUAUGGAGCGGGCUGCCUCCAACACUUGUGAUGGCAGUGCCCGCCACUGUGAUUUACUUCACGUCUUAUGACCAGUUGUGUGCAGUGCUGAGGAUGAGGAUGGGAGAUCAUGCCCAGGAGGCUCCACUCUUAGCAGGAGCUAUAGCCAGAGUGGGUUCAGCCACAGUGAUCAGUCCUCUGGAGCUGAUCCGCACCAAGCUGCAGUCUCAGAAACAGUCGUACAGGGAGCUGACUGACUGCAUCCGCUCUGCGGUGGAGGCUGAAGGCUGGCGGUCUCUCUGGAGGGGUCUGGGGCCCACGCUGCUCCGAGACGUGCCCUUCUCAGCCAUGUACUGGUACAACUAUGAGAGAAGCAAGAGCUGGCUGUGUGAGCGGUACAAAACCAGCAAGCCCACAUUUAGCAUCGCCUUCAUAUCUGGAGCGGUGUCGGGAUCUAUUGCAGCCAUCGUUACUCUACCAUUUGAUGUGGUCAAAACAAGAAGGCAGGUUGAACUUGGGGAACUGCAAGCAAAGAAUUUGCCAUGCAAGUCGUCCAUGUCCACCUUCAGCAUGAUGAAAAAUAUUGUGGCGCACGACGGAUUUAAGGGGCUGUUUGCAGGUUUCUUGCCCAGGUUGAUCAAAGUUGCGCCAGCCUGUGCGAUCAUGAUCAGCUCUUACGAGUUCGGAAAAAGCUUUUUCCGCAAACACAAUCAGGAGAGGAUACUGAGGUCGCCGCAGUCCAGUAACACGUGACCAAUUGACAAAUCACUGUGUAGGGGAAAAAAGUUUAAUGUUGCCAAAGGAAAAC